AAGGUUCUGCAUAUCAAGGAGAGUAUGUGACAGGAUGCAGAAUGGAAAAUUUGAAGUUUUGUUCCCUGUCCCUCGGAUGGAAUCUGCUUCGAACAGUGCUGAUGUUUUGGUAGAUGGUGUUGCUGAAGAUGUUAAUGCUGAGGAAAUGCAUCAAACCGAAGCUGGGUGUGACGAGCUUCUUUAGUUGAGGAUGAAUCAGAUAUAAAUGGGCGUGAAAUUUUUCUUUCAGUUAAUGAAGAACCAGAGAUGGACGUAAAUCAUAAUCUUGAUGAUGAUGCUGUAAAUGCUGAUGAAUCCUCUAAAGCCAUGGUUAAUGACAAAUCAGUUAAUGGUGAUUUGUUACAGAAAGGCAUUGAUCCAGCCCCCAAGAAUGAACCCUCUGUGAAAGCUAACAAAACUAGCUUGGAGCGCCGGCAACAUCCUUCUCUGAAGUUGAGGGCUGCAACCGGACCUUUCAAGCCCAAAGUGAAGUCUCAGACCAAUCCUGCUCAAGUCCUGACAGACAUUUCCAAAACUACUUCUAAAGAUCCUGCAAAGAGUCCUAGUAGAAGAGAAAGAGAGAGUACCCUAAGAACAAGUACAGAAAAGAGUUCAGUAAAAACUGACAUUAGAACUACACGCACUGUACAGAGAACUCCAAUCUUAGAGUCUUGGUCUUUUUUACCGGAUUCUAGAAAUCAGAAGGCAAAGUUUGUGCAUGACAAUAAAAGUGGUGAAAAAGAGUCAAUGAGAAUGAAAGCCGGUGAAUCACAACCCUCUUCAUUGAAGGCUGAAACAAGAAGAUAUCAACCACUGCACAGGCUUAGUUGUCCUGUGAAUUCGACCAAGGCGGAUACAAGCUGAAGUGCUGCAGUUUUCAGUUUCAAAAGCAAUGAACGCGCAGAAAGGAGGAAAGAGUUCUAUACGGAGUUGCAGCAAAAAAUGCACGCCAAGGAGGCUGAGAUGAAUCAGAUGCAAGUGAGAAGGCAGAAUGACACUACUAGUUAAAUUGUAAUGAAGGCUCUAAUACUGCUGGUUGGAGGCUGGUGAUGCUCGAUCAUAUGAUUAGUUGAUGAGAAUUCUCAAAUUUGAAAAGACAGAAGCCGAGAUAAAACAAUUCCGGAGAAGCCUAAACUUCAAAGCAACACCCAUGCCUUCUUUUUAUCAUGUGUAGCUGUACCACCAGGGUCUGAUGGGAAGAAGGCACUGUCGAGUAACAACAAAGUCAAUAAAGCACGAGAUAAGUCAACAAAUCCAGGGAGCUGAGCUGCUGGCAGAUCAAAAUUAUGUUUGAAAGAAGGAAGUGAUCAAGCCUCCUCUACCAAUGAAUCUGUUAACACAACUGAACGAAUCGAUGCCUUAGAGAAGACCAACUGCCCAACAGGUGAGCACUCUGAAGGCAGUGCAAGCUCUCAAACUUUACCUAGCAACCAAAACUGCUUCCUUGAAGUUGGGAUAGAAAAUAAGGUCAUAAGAAGGAAAGAACGAGAAAAGGAGAGGGAUACUAGCAUGUAUAAGCAUCGUGUAUCAGAAAUCCAUAAGGUGAUGAAAGGCCAAAGAGCUGAGGGGAAGCAAAAAGUGGGAGCUCAGAGAAGUAGCAAUGAGAGGGCAAGGAAGGACAUGGAAAGCAGUGGCAUUGGUAGCAGUUCUGGAUUGGGUAAUCUGGUUGUUGGUGUUGCCUCUUGAACAAAGACGCCUCUUCUUCCCAUACAUGAUGUUCUCCGCUCCUAGCUACCGUUGUGAAAAUGUUUGGAAUCGCAUGUUUGCCACCAUGCAAAAUCAAUAAAAAGCGCAAAGUGACCUCAAGCUAUCAGCUAAGAGGCAUGCAUCCAUAGCAAAGAUUUGAGAAAUCAUGAAAACCGAAUGUUGAGGUUAGCAUUUCCCUUCACCAGUAUCACUUCCGUUAUUCAUGUAUGCGAAAUCUGACUUUACAUGUAGUUCGAAUAGAUAAUUAUGGUGAAAUUGUUUGUAGGAUAUCUUAAGAUCACAAGACCAAUAUCUCUUGCCACCAUAUACGAGGAAAAGUUUCAGUACCAACCCUUAAUUUAUUUAAAUUAUUAUCAAUUAAUAAGAGAUAUUGUUCUUAUUUA